AUGUCGAAACGAACAGCAGAUGACGACGAGUCUGUUGAGGCGCUCAAAGGAGGCCAACGUCCAGAGACUGGCCACGAUGACGAGCCUGCGAUCGAUUACGAGGACCCCUACGAGGAUGAAUUCGACUCCGAAGACGAGGUAAUGGAGGCUGGUGUUGAUGGAAGGCCAGAUGCGGAAAGAGAGGCUGAGGAGUCAAAAGAUGCCAUGGACAUUGAUUCAAAAGAACAAACGUUCAUACCGGGUCGGUCAAUACUACAACCAGGCAUGUCUUUGACGCCAGAUCCCUCCACUUAUGAGAUGUUACAUGUCAUGUCAACGACAUGGCCAUGCUUGUCAUUCGAUAUCGUACCAGACAACCUGGGAAACCAGCGGAAGCAAUACCCCAGAACAUUAUAUGCGGUGGGGGGCACUCAAGCAGAAUCGGCACGCGCAAAGGAGAAUGAGCUGUACGUCUUGCGACUAAGUAGUCUCUCCAAGAUGGACCGAGGGGACCAGACAGACUCGGAGAGUGACAGUGACGACGAUGAUGACGCUUCAGAUCCAGUGCUGGAAUACAGGUCCAUACCACUCCCAAGCACCACAAACAGAAUACGCGCAUUCCAGCCCUCCUCCACAUCAAGCGACCUCAGUCAAAUCCCACAAACACUCACAGCAGCCUCGCUCGAAAACGGCCAGAUCCUCAUUCACGAUGUAUCACCAUACCUUCAAUCCCUCUCGACCCCAGGCUUCACCCUCCCGCCCAACGCCUCCAAACCUCUCAGCACACUGCGCAUGCACAAGACCGAAGGUUAUGCCUUAGACUGGGCGCCAGCAUCAUCCCACCCGCACGGGCGGUUACUCUCCGGCGACAACGCAGGCCAGAUUUUCAACACACAACGCACCGAAGGCGGCGGGUGGGUGACAGACACGCGGCCGUUCGUCGGACACACCGACGCCGUGGAAGAACUGCAGUGGUCGCCGAACGAGAAAUUCGUGUUUGCGUCCGCCAGCUCCGACGGCACAGUCAAGGUCUGGGACGUGCGCAGCAAGAGCCGCAAACCCGCGGUCGACGUCAAAAUCAGCGACACGGACGUCAAUGUCAUGUCGUGGUCUUCCCAGACUUUCCACUUGCUGGCCACGGGCGCCGACGACGGACGCUGGGCCGUGUGGGACUUGCGGCAGUGGAAGCCUCAGAGUGGCGGAGGUGGAGCGGCUGAUGCACAGCUACGGCCCAGUCCCGUGGCAGACUUCCACUUUCACAAGAAACCCAUCACCUCGAUCGAGUGGCAUCCCAGUGACGACAGUGUGGUCGCGGUGGCGUGUGCGGACAACACGACGACCUUGUGGGAUCUAGCGGUCGAGCUCGAUGACGAGGAAUACGGCAAGGAAGCGGGCAUGGGGCUGGGUGAGGGUGCUGAGAAGGUGCCGCCGCAGCUGUUGUUCAUCCACCACGUCGAAGAUGGGAAGGAGUUGCACUGGCAUCCGCAGAUGCCUGGCACUGUCAUGGUCACGGGUGGCACAGGAUUUGGUGUUUUUAAGACAAUCAGCGUUUAA